CGCCCAACAACAGUCGACACAGGACGAUUGCAACGACUGAAGGUCGCGUUGUUCAUAACUGCCAUCACGUUAGUUACGUUUGCUUACAUCUGUUAAUAGUCUAAUUCUGGGGUCAUCUAUAAAUAAAAGAAGCGACAAAAACGCAGUUUAAGUAGUGGCUGCAUAGGACUGCGUGAAUCACAAUUUUAAGAGAUUGCCCUUGACGGACAAGCGGAAGCCUGCACGAUCAAACGAUGUUCAACUUACUAGCUCAAUACAUCGGGUAUGGCACAGAAGUCGGAACAACCGAUGUAAGCGAACCGAAUGAUGGGGUAAAUUGCUCGUUCGGCGAAACGGAGGAAGGUGAAUGGACAUUAGUUGAAGUGAAAGAUGGCAAUAAACAUGUGGCAGAAGAAUUUCAUCGUGUACCAUCACCUUCGCCUCUAGAGAGUCUCAGCAGUUCUAUGAUUGAGGAAGAACCAGAUGUUGAUGUAGUUGAAGUACCAGUAGGACCUUCAGUGGCUGCAGUCAUUCAAGAUUCAAGAAAGAGGAUGAGGUGUACCAAAACCAGCAAGAGACAACGCACCAAUGCAUCUAGCUUUAGCCAGCAUCGUCCUAAUCAAAUGAAAAGAGCAAACCAAGUCCUGUGUCAACGCAGCAACAAGGUUUAUCAAAAGAUGAGACAAAUUGUUCACCAACCCAGGAAAUAUUAAUUCUUAAAUUUUUGAUUAAGAUUAAAAUAUAACAACCAUCAAACUUGGUCAAGCCUAUCACACAUAUAUAAGUUUAUUUUAAUCGAUUUUCAUGGUUUUACAUUUGACCAGGUUUGAUAGUUAAUAGGAAUGAUAAUUAAAAAUUCAGGUAUUUUUAUGUGUUUGGUGUUCUAAUUUGUCUAUCUAUGUGUAUUAUAUUUCUAUUAUUCAUUACUCACCAUUAAUUUAUUAUUUUGAAGGUAGCAUUAUACUGCACUUAUUAUAUGUUAUGUAUCAUAGAUAACAUUAUUUUUUGAAGAGAAAAAAAUAUUUAAAAAAUUAACACCGCUUUUAAUUAUUGUAAAAAUUUAUCUGCUUCUAUUAAACAAAUUCCAAGCUGGCACGAGCUGUAUCAGUGAUGAAGAUAAUGCAAUGUUUUGUCAAGGUUUGCAAAUUGUAUGCUAAAAAGACCUUACAAAAAUUUGUAUUCAUGUUUGGACUUCGGUCUUUAUCAAGGCAAUUACAGCUGUCAGUGUAAGAAAAUUGUCAAGCGAAUGGAUUGUCAUGUGCCCUGAUCAUUUCAAAAUUAAUUAUGCUCUAUCAUUUUGUGAAUAUUGGUUUCUAUUUACCAUAAAUGACUGUUGUUUAUCGGUGGCCUCUGAUAUGCUUAUUUCUUGCUUUCAAAUAUUUUAACUUGCUGUAUAAAUUGGCUCUAAUUUUGCGAUGAAAAAUUAACCAAUAUAAUUGGAAUAUUUCAUUUAGCUUGCCUUGCACAAAUUUUUAAUGUCGAUUUCAUUUGUAUCAUAAAGAUAUUUGAUCUCUAAGAGCUUGUACAAAAUUUUGACGGUGAAUACAAAAAAAAAAUUAUAAAUUUUAUAUUAGCAUGCUGUGAAAAAAUAUUUUUUGUUAUUUUCUAAAUGUAUGUUUUUAUUGUAAUAUAAAAUCUAUAUUUUGUCAGUAUUUUAGUCAAUGUCAUAUGUGGUAGGCGGUUUCAUUAUUUGUCUGUUUUUUAUUGUUUGUUUCUGUUAUCCUAUACAGUACAGUAUACAACAUUAGUAUAUUAUACUAACUCGCUGUUGUGAAAAUUUCGCAAAAAACUCAUUUUAACAUUCACUCAACACCAUAUAUAUUGACUUGUGGUUCCUUAAAGUAUGUUCGAACUUUGGAAUAUGAACAAAGAAAAUACUCAUUGUUGUCAGUUUUGUUCUUUGUAUUGACUUAACUGUCUCUACUAAAAUACAAAUAAAAAAGUCUUGUAUAGAAAUUUUUGUACAAUAGUGGCUUUGUGGAAAUAUCAUACUAUGACUACAGAAUACAAAGGUUUUGCGUUUAAGUUCUAAUUUCCAUUAUCUUUUGAUUUUGAUAUACAGUACACAAUUGAUCUUGUCCGAAGUAUUUAUAUGUAAAAUAUUGGGUAUUUAAUGAAACAACCUUAUGUGGUAAUUUUAUAAUAAUGAAAUUAAAAUCUGGCCUAUGUUCUAAGAUAAUGAUAACAUUUGUUAAAUGUUAUAUUUAGGUAAUUUAGCAUUGUAUUUUGACCUCAUGUGUAUGUUAAGCUCAUUUUUGUAUCAGUGUCAUUAUUUGACACGGUAACGUAUUUCAUUCAUUUAUCAUAGUAGAUGAGCUGUCACAUAUUUGAAUCACUUUUGGCCUUUCAAAUAACCUCAUCUUCACAUGCGAUACCCGAUUUGUCAUAAUUUGAUAAAAAUGUAUGUGCUUGCCGUUGUAAAUAUGUUUUAACAAAUGUGGUAUAGUUUGUACUAUUUGGUAUUUUUCCAAAUUCUUAAACGUUUAUGGGCACUAAAUUGUAUCAUUCUAGAUUGAAGUUUCACUGCCGAAAUUUAUCAAACCGAAACAUGCUCAAUGAAAAAACUUGAAA